AUGGUUCUUCAGCAGUAUGAUUACAUCUUCGCCAUUGGCACGAUAUUCGCGUUCCUCGAUGCAUGGAACAUCGGCGCCAAUGAUUGCGCCAACUCCUGGUCGACGUCUGUUUCGUCGCGUUCGCUAAAGCACUGGCAAGCCAUGAUCCUCGCAUCUAUCAUGGAGUUUGCCGGAGCUGUCGGUGUAGGAAACAGUGUUUCUGAUACUAUCCGUACCAAGAUCGUCAAGAUCGAUGCCUUCGCCGACAACGCCCCCCUCCUCAUGCUUGGAAUGUGCUGCGCUGUAGUUGCCUCCUCUCUAUAUCUUACCUUCUGUACUAAGAUCGGUCUUCCUGUUUCGACAACCCACUCCAUUCUCGGUGGUAUCCUUGGGAUGGGUAUCGCGCUUAUCGGUGCUGAUGAUAUUAUCUGGUGGGGAGGUGAUAUCAACUCCGGUGUUGUCCAGGUGUUCCUUGCCUGGGUGAUUGCACCCAUCUUAUCUGGUGUUGCCGGUGCGCUUAUCUUUUUGAUCACCAAGUAUGGUAUCCUACUGCGGAAGAAUCCCGCACUCAGGGCGUUAUACACCAUUCCAUUCUACUUCCUUCUGACGACUGGCCUCCUUACUAUGCUCAUUGUCUGGAAGGGUGGCAGUAGCAGGAUUAACCUCGAGGGGCGUGAGAUAGCCGGAACUGUUAUUGGUGUUGGUGUUGGCAUGGCUCUUAUCUCGGCCCUCUUCCUUUGCCCCUGGAUCUACCGCAGGGUGAUUAUGGGUGACUGGCAGCUCAAGCCUUGGGACCUAAUCUACGGCCCUCUUCUCUUCCGCCGUGGUGAAGUUCCUGCACCUCCCGACCGUGUUGAGACCGUCCGUAACUACUAUCGCGGCCACAAGACCCUAGAGGAACUGGAAGCUGAGCGUUCCACUGAUGUGGAAAAGAGCCACAACAGCAACAGCGAGCCUGGUUCCCCCGAUCUCAAGGCAGAGCCCCAGGUCACUGCCAACUCGGAUAACGGGACGCAAGCCGUGGAUCCCGAUGUCAUUAACAUUUGUGGUCCUCGUCCCGAAGGAGCAUGGUAUAGUGGUCCUGUCCUGUUCUGGCUGCUGAAGAAGGCCCUCCUAAACGGUGUCGAGCAAGACAUUGUUAGCGCCCAGAAGAGCGAUAGCAAACUCGCUGGCGAUCUCGAGAAGACCCAUGCCCAUGCUGAUCACUAUGAUAACGAAGCGGAGUACAUGUUCUCUUUCCUCCAGAUUCUGACAGCCUGUACCGCUUCUUUCACCCACGGUGCGAACGAUGUCGCAAAUGCUGUCGGUCCCUAUGCAACCAUCUAUGCUAUAUGGAGAACUGGUGCCCUUGAAGGCGCUAAGACCGAAGUCCCCAUCUGGAUCCUUGUAUUUGGUGGUGCCGCUAUCUCCAUUGGUAUCUGGACAUACGGUUAUCACAUCAUGCGCAACUUGGGUAACCGUCUUACCCUGCACUCUCCCUCUCGUGGGUUCGCUAUGGAGCUCGGUGCUGCCAUUGCUGUCAUUAUUGCCACCAGGCUGAAGCUCCCCGUCUCUACCACCCAGUGUAUUACGGGCGCUACCGUCGGUGUUGGGCUUUGCAACGGCACUUGGCGAACGAUCAACUGGCGGAUGGUUGCCUGGAUCUACAUGGGUUGGAUCAUCACGCUUCCCUGCGCCGGUAUCAUCGCCGGUUGUUUGACCGGAAUUAUCGUGAACGCGCCUCGUUGGGGUAUGUCCGGCGUCUGA